AAGGUACUAUUCCAAUACAACGACGAACCACAACUGGCGAUGUUAUGAGAGCAAAUUCUAUGUCUGAAGUCCAAAAGAACCGACAAGCUUCUUAUCAUCAGUUUCGUCGUGCAUCUGAAAGCCACGAGCAUGCAAUAGCAAUUUAUGAACCAUCAGAGGGAGUACUUGGAGCAUCGGCAAGUAUAAACUUGUGGCGGCCAUUAGUUGAGAGAGGUGGCAAAGAAUAUAGUGCUGCUCAAAUUCGAAUCAUGUCAGGAACAAAGGAAGAUUUUGAUGCUAUUGAAGUUGGAUGGCAUGUCUUCCCAUGGUUCUAUGGUGAUAAUGACGAUGAUGAUGAUGCCAAUGGUGAUGGCAAUACAAGAUUUUUCAUUUCCUGGACUAAUAAUUCGUACCGAAGGUCAUGCUACAAUGAUGAAUGUGAAGGAUUUGUUAUGGAAAGCGAUAAAAUAGCCUUAGGAAGUGUACUUAGGCCAAUAUCAUCAUAUGAUGGUGGACAAUACGAUUUGAAUGUUGGUCUUUGGAAGGAUUCCGAGUCAAAAAGGUGGUGGUUGUCGUAUAAUUAUACGAAUGUGGGUUAUUGGCCAGAAGAGUUAUUUACUCACUUGAGAACAUCCGGCAGAAAAGUAGAAUGGGGUGGUGAGAUCUUCAACAGGAAGAUCCACAACAGACACACGUCCACAGAGAUGGGUUCUGGCCAAUUUGCAAAAGAGGAAUAUGGCAGAGCAGCUUAUUUUAAAGAACUAAAGGUUCUUGUCGGAGGUACUGACCCUGGUUGGAUUUUGCCUCGAAGUGUUACAGGAUUGACGAGCAACCCCAAUUGCUACAGCAUCAAGCCUCACACUGACAUUGAUGGCUUUGGCAAUGGUGGCUUCUUCUACGGGGGUCCAGGCAGCGGCUCUCCUUCCUGUGUUUGAGUUAAUGAAAUUGUAUAAUAAAUAAUGAAUGUGAAAGCAUUGUUGUGUUGUUUUUUUUUUGAUAAUCGAGCUAGAACGACAUCAUACAUGGUUACCCUUUGCACAAUCAAUAGAUCCUAAAUUCAGACUGUCAGGCCAUGCGCAUAUGAGUUUCUGAGCAUCACUCCAAAUUUUUCAAUAAAUUUACAAUUUCGACUUUGGAGAAUCAGUUAUGUAUGCUUCUCUUCUUCAAUAACAUUAAUCAUGAAUAAAUUAUUUAUAUAUAUAUAAAUAAAAUAAUUAUUAUAUAUAUCGUAUUCUCUUGACCUUCCACGUCGCUUAUAUAUUUCCAAAUUAAACCUUCUCGUAAGGUUCCUUCUGAAUUC